AUGCAAGCCAUGCUGCUUGCCCUGGCACUCGUGCCUCUGGCCUCGGCCUUCGUUCUCCCAGAAGCCGCUCACCCAGAAAACCGUGACGUCUACACCAUCCCAUACAACGAUGCAUUGGCACGCAAACAGCUUCUGUUCGCCGCCGGAGCCGCCUACGGAACUCAACCACAACAGUGUCUGAACAAGGUCUUCACAGGAGCCACAGUUCGUAGAGUUAUUCAAGCUAGAUGCGAUGUGAAUCCAGCUGAUAAGUGCUUGGGAUACACUGCUGUCAGUCCAAAUGAUAAGGCGAUUAUUGUGGUGUUCCGUGGAACGAACAACAAUGUGCAAUUGAUUUUGGAAGGAUUGGAGACCGUGUUUGAAUACCAUACACCAUGGGCCGCCGGUGGUGUCGUCUCGCAGUACUUCAACGACGGAUUCUUGAACAUCUGGAACGCCGGACUCAAGGACGACUUCAACGCACUUGCUGCCAAGUAUCCAGGAUACCAAGUUUGGAUCACUGGACACUCUCUCGGAGGAGCCAUGGCCUCCCUUGCCGCCUCUUACAUUACCUACAACAAGCUCUAUGACGCCUCCAAGGUUCAACUUGUCACUUAUGGACAGCCACGUGUCGGAGAUGCUGCCUACGCUAAGGCCGUCGACCGUGACGUCACCAACAAGUUCCGUGUGACUCAUGCUCACGAUCCGGUACCACAUCUUCCACAACAAAACAUGCAAGGAUUCACGCAUCACAAGGCCGAGGUCUUCUACAAAGAGGCUAUGACCAAGUACAACAUUUGCGAUGAUGUUGAUGAGAGCGAGUUCUGCUCAAAUGGACAAGUCCUUCCAGACACUUCUAUCAAGGAUCAUCUCCACUACUUCAACCUCGACGUCAGCGAUUUGGGAUACUCGAACUGUGCCAACGUUAAGGUCUAA